UAUAACCAAUCCUCACUACUCUCUCUCUCUCUCUCUCUCUUCUUCUUCCCAGUUUUUCAAUCUGAACGUGCGCCGCCGCUGCUAAAAUGCGCACGAUGAGUGCCUUACGCAAGGCGGCGCCACUUCCUUCUCCGAUCCCCACCGCCGCCGGAUCUCGCUCCGCCGCCAACGAGAUCUUCACCGAAUUCCUCGACAACUCGCUUCAACUCCCGCACCUCUCUUUGCCCCACCACCUUCCGCGUCAUCCGAUCCCGGAGAUCGUCGAUUUCGGAUCUCUAACGGGCCGCGACUCGGACGAUCGGAUCCUCCGCUCCGCAAAGCAGUGCGGUGCGUUUCGGAUCAAUGGCCACGGGAUUUCCGGGGAGGAGUUAAGGUCGUUGCUGAGAGAAGCCGAUGCCGAAUCGGUGUUCCGAAUUUCGGAGGGGAGUUUGAAUUUCGGGAAUCGGGAGGGGAUUGUGUGGGAUCGUUCUAAUAUUGAAAGGUUGGAUUCGGCGGGAAAAUUUAUCGGCACCGAAAGAUAUCGAAAUUUCAGUCAAAAUAUGGAGAAUCUUGCGACUAAACUUGACAAUGUAGCAAAACAAUUGAUUGAAAUUUUCAUAGAAAAUGCAGGUAAGCGAUUUCAGAAAGGAAUUAAUGAGAAAGAGACUGUUCUGACCUUAUACAGAUACGAUCACAUUGACUUUCUCAUGGAAAAAAAUCCAUCUUUGCCAAAUGAGAAGAAUGGGAAUUCAUGUGGUCAUGCUCUAAGCCUCCACCUUCCCAUCGAGAACUCUCAAUUUCAUAUUCAAUCGAAGCAUGGUUCUUUGUCUUUUGAAGAAGGCCCAGACACAAUUGUUGUGACUGUUGGAAAACAGCUAGAGGAAUGGACCCUGGGAGAAUUCGAAUCUGUUUCUGGGGAAAUGAUCAUUGUACCAGAUUGCCAAGGGACCCGACCCUCUUAUUCCGUAGAGCUCAAGUAUUCACCUUCAAGUAUAAAUCACAGUUCCGACAAAGACUGUAAGACAAUUUCCAUAAUUGACCAGAUCAUCCUUGCACUAAUAAUGACAUUUCUAUACAAAAUUUUUGUCCAUACAUUGUCAUGAUUUGCACACAACACAAGUACAUAUAUGGAACGUCAUAUACAGUAUACCAAUUCAUAAUGCUCCUGUUCAUACGAUUAGUGUUCAUGAUUUUUCCCCCUAUUUUGUCUUUUAAGACAAUUAUCUUACUCCUUAUGCAUGGAUCCCCUUGAUGUAUAGUUUGUACUCUUACGCCUUAUGCAUGGGUCCUCUUGAUGCACAGUUUGUACUCCAUGGUUUGGAAGGUUGUGGAUUUGAAUUAUAGAUUGGUUACAUACAAAAUUUGUGUGUAAAAUGAAAAAGCUUGUCUUGGUGAUUGAUAAAAAUAAAUAAAAUUUCUUC